AUGUAUCAGGGUGGGCCGUUCCUGGGGGCCGACUUGGGCGACCUAGUAGGUCAAUUCUCCGGAGUUGGCGAGGGCGGACCUGUCGCUAGCUUCAACGGCUGGGAUGCAAACCUCCAGCCAUUUUCACCAACUUUAUUCAGCUCCUUGGUAGCACCAGUCGGGACUAACACGGGUCCGAUUUCCACUGCCCCGUCGACCACUGAUGGCGGCCAUGAUAGCGAAGAAAUCGAUGACAACAGAGACCCAACCGAUGCCUUAUCCUCACAGCUAACGUCCUUGGGUCAAAGGGCCAGGCGGGCUAUGCGCCGUCUUGUCCUCCCGGACCGUACUCCCCUGACCGUGUCGUCACCCGAGGUGAACGAGGCAUUGGAGGACACUAAUACCCUGAUACGCAUCAUGAAUAAGAUCACUGCACCGGAUCGUGACGACAUUACCAUCCACCCGACUACCACCAAUUAUUCGCUGGCAUUCUCAGCACUCGCCUGUCACCAACACCUCGUGGCCUUGUUUCGGGCCAUCUGCGACGCUAUCCAUCGGUGCUUACAGUCCCAAAAAGAGCCACGGCAACGACACAAUCGAAGCGGACAGACCAGCGACGUAGGGCCGUCUUCAGUGGCCCAAUUCGUCAUGGUGCUUCAGCUGCUUAUGCACCUUAUCAACCGCAUGGACCGGAGCCUGUUCCAAAGUACCUCGUCAAUGCGACAUGGCAGCAGGGUCUCGGUAUCCACUGGCAGUCACCUUGCCCCCGUCACGCCGAGCACGGCCAAUCAUGUUACUCCGGACCCCACAAGGAUCGAGGCGGCUGCAGGAAGCUCAGUACCACCAGGGGGCCUUCUUGUUCUUGUGCAGGACAUUGUGGAGACAAUCCCAAACGAGCACGAGAAGCUGAGACAAGUUAUUCAGAAGUUACAGACAGAGAUGGAACACUCGGAGCUUCACUGA